AUGUGUUAUAAUUAUGAGGGGCGCUCCCUGCGGGAAAACGCCACCCUGCGGCGGAUGCAGAGACGCAGCUUCACCCCUGCUAGCUUCAUGGAGGAGGACGGGGUGGACUUACCUGAUGAGCUGGACACAUCCUUCUUCGCCAGAGACUGUCUGAUGCAGGAAGAGUUGUCCACAUACGCUGACGAGGUGUUUGAGUCUCCGUCGGACGCGGCUAUGAUGGAUGUGGUGCAGGAGGAGGGCAGUAUGCUGGACGAGACGGAGCUGACCGGCAGCGCUCUGGACAAGAGUGAACUGGAGAGGAGCCAUCUCAUGCUGCCUCUGGAGCGAGGGUGGCGUAAGGCCAAAGAGGGAACCCCAGGACCGCCCAAGGUGCCCUUGCGGCAGGAGGUGGUGAGUGUGAACGGACAGCGACGGGGUCAGCGCAUCGUUGUGCCCGUCAAGAAGCUGUUCGCUCGGGAGAAGAGGCCCUACGGGCUGGGCAUGGUGGGGAAGCUCACCAACCGAACCUACCGCAAGCGCAUCGACAGCUAUGUGAAGAGGCAGAUAGAGGACAUGGAUGACCAUAGGCCUUUCUUUACGUACUGGAUCACUGUUGUCCACUUGCUGAUCACCAUCCUGGCUGUCUGCAUCUAUGGCAUCGCCCCCGUGGGCUUCUCCCAGCACGAGACGGUUGAUUCUGUUCUAAGAAACAAAGGUGUAUAUGAAAAUGUCAAGUUUGUACAACAAGAGAACUUCUGGGUCGGGCCCAGUUCAGAGGCUCUGAUCCACCUGGGGGCCAAGUACUCUCCCUGCAUGCGUCAGGACCAGCAGGUGCACGACCUGAUCCGGGACAAGAGAGACAUAGAGAGAGACUCUGCCUGCUGUGUACGCAACGACCGCUCCGGCUGUCUACAGACCUCAGAGGAGGAGUGUUCGAGUACUCUGGCCGUGUGGGUGAAGUGGCCGCGGCAUCACAGCACCCCUCAGCUGGAGGGCAAUGACAGGCAGUACGGCUCAGUGUGCCAUCAGGACCCCCGGAUUUGUCUAGAGCCAGCAUCGGUGGCACCGCAUGAAUGGCCUGAUGACAUCACCAAGUGGCCAGUUUGCACCAGGUACAACACAGGGAACCACACCAACCUGCCUCACAUAGACUGCACCAUCACAGGCCGGCCCUGCUGCAUCGGCACAAAAGGGAGGUGUGAGAUCACGUCCAGGGAGUAUUGUGWCUUCAUGAUGGGCUACUUCCACGAGGAGGCUACUCUCUGCUCCCAAGUUCACUGCAUGGAUGAUGUGUGUGGCCUGCUGCCUUUCCUCAACCCAGAGAUCCCAGACCAGUUCUACAGACUGUGGCUCUCUCUCUUCCUGCACGCUGGGAUCCUUCACUGC